AUGGAAAACAAAGAAGAGGAGAAAUUACCCGUGGUUAUUGGGGCUUCCAUAUUUGACAUUAAAAUAUCUAUUUGCGAUGAUGACAUACCCAUAACAAUGGAUGGUGCCAUGUACAAGGGAAAACAACCUAUACAAACAGCUGGAGGUGUGGGGAAAAAUUUAGCCGAAUCCAUAUACAAACUAUACGGAAAAAUAAAUUUCAUUUCGGUAAUUGGUGAUGAUAUUAUGGGUGAAUCUUUACUUCAACUAUUGCCGGAAGCGUUAAGAUGUAACGUGGAAAAAAUGCACGGUUAUCCAACUGCCUCUCGUACUACCAUCGUUGAUAAGAAUGGUGAUGUCAAGCUGAAAUUAUGUGACAUGGAAAUUUACAAUGUAGAUAUGAUUCGUACUCAUACUAAUUUAUUAUAUUUAGCAUGUGUAAUCAUAAUCGAUGGACAUUUACCAGUACGUUAA